GUAGACCAUUUCCGUGUUAGUUUUUUGUUGUCCCGAAAGCCGGAAGUGCCGGAACCAUUUAUGUGAAACAUGUCGAGCAACGGCUAUGAACCCGUGAGCCAUGUCAUCUUUGACAUGGAUGGAUUAAUACUGGAUACAGAGAGACUUUACACCGUCUCCUUCCAGGAAAUAUGUGACCGCUUUGGAAAGCAGUACACCUGGACUGUGAAGUCUUUAGUGAUGGGUAAAAAAGCUCUGGAUGCUGCCCAGAUCAUCCGGGAUGCUCUGGAUCUUCCGAUGACUGCUGAAGAGCUGCUUUCUGAAAGCAGGAAAAUACAAGAACAAAUCUUCCCUUCAGCCAGACUGAUGCCAGGUGUGGAGAAACUGGUUAACCACCUGAAGAGGCAUGGUGUCCCCAUGGCAGUAGCAACCAGCUCCGCUGGUGAGACAUUCAAGUUGAAGACAAGCGCACAUAGAGACUUCUUUGGUGUGUUUGACCACAUUGUUCUGGGUGAUGAUCCUGAGGUGAAGAGUGGAAAACCUCAGCCUGACUCCUUUCUGGUGUGUGCAAGCAGAUUCAACCCCCCAGCUUCUCCUGAGAAGUGCCUGGUGUUUGAAGAUGCACCUAAUGGGGUUCAGGCAGCGCUUGCUGCAGGAAUGCAGGUGGUGAUGAUUCCUGAUGACAACCUGGACCCAAGCCUUACCCAGGGGGCUACACUCAGACUCAGGAGCAUGGAGAAGUUUGAUCCACAGCUCUUUGGCUUGCCGGUGUAUGACUGAACCAGUUGCCCAAGUCAGACUGGUUUGGGUUAUGUUUCUGUACCCAUCCUAUGAAAGGAACAAAUGGUGCUUUCUGAGUUAAUGAGAACAUCGUGGCCCACCCCAGACCUCCCUGUCAGCUGAUCCAGUCAGACAAGACUGUCUCUCAUCUUUCUUGGGGGAGGGGUUAAUUAAUUAAACAGUGCAAUUAAUGUUCAAUUGACAGCUCUGUGGUCAAAGUAAACACCUGAAUUUCUGUAUAACAGAGUUAAGCCUGUUUCUAAUCCGUUGGUCAACAGACUGAAGUCUCUGGAUCAUUGGAAGUUUUGCUUUGGUUACUGAGCUGUUGACAGCCUAGACCAUUAUUGUGUCAUUAUGUUGGAGUUCAUUAAGCGGUUGAGUUCUUUAAAUGUUAUUAUGUCAUUAAAGCUAUUUAAAUGUG